AUGUCUGCAGGGGUUCACGUUCAACAGAGGUUGGUAGGGUGUGAGCUUUUGAACAACCAACCUGGACACAUGAUAACCAUGGAGGCCUUCAAUGGCCAUGCAGGCUUUGAGAGACACUAUAACGGCCAGCAGGACAUGCAUGAGGCAGAGUGGAAAUGGCCCGUAAUGAAAACUCAGCCCGAGCUUGCCUAUGACAAAGUGCUGUACGCUAACUUCUUACAGCCGCUGUGUGUUCAGCACCUGAGGAAAUACUUGGCGAAGAUGAAGGAUCGGGUUAUGGGAAAAGUGAAGCCUAGAGUCAGGUUCCUCCAGAAGAGACUCCCAGACGCUGGAGGGGUCAGAGUGACCUGCCUGGCCACUGGUUUCUACCCCCGUCACAUCAACCUGACCCUGCUCAGAGAUGGCCAGCCUAUGCCUGACCACCAGAUCCCUGGGGGAGAGCUGCUACCUAAUGGAGAUGAGACGUACCAGAUGAGGAAGGUCAGCACAGAGGAGCUACAGCAGCAUCACUACACCUGCACAGCUCAACACCUCAGCAUGGACAACAAACUGGAUAUUGAUUUAGAGUGUGAGCGAGACUCAAUAACAACCCCCAUAGUGUCUGCUACAGUGGUGACUGUGGUUGUCUGCCUGGUUGGAGCCUUUGUCUAUUUCAUAUGUAGGAGGAAGCACAAAGGCCAGGGAUCCCAGUCUUCUCUGCAGAGUAACUACACAGCUGCCUCAACAGGAGAGACCAUAACCUCAACUCCAUGACCUCAGACACAAAAACAAUUUACAAAUGGAAAAGGUUUUCUGAGUGCUCUUGUUCUCCAACUUUGUAAACUCCAAACUGUAGGUGCUCUUGAAGUAGGAAGACUAAAGUCCUUUCAUUUGGAGUGUGGUGGGCCGACUUCAGGCAACUCCACAAGUCGACAAUGAUUGGCGUUAUUAUGAAAACCCUUUAUUAAAUCUUGAGCAUUGUAACAGAGGUAAAACCGGCAACCGGUUUCAACCCUUACUGAGUCUUCAUCAGGGCAUAAGGUUUUAAUAAAGGGUUUUAAUAAAAGAUUUAAUUAAGGGUUUUUUUUAUAAUAAGGACAAUCUUUAUUGACCUGUGGAGUUGCCUGAAGUCAGCCCUAGUGCCACCACCCACAAAAUCAAUUUACUUGUACCAAGCACUUUUAUAAUUUUGAUGUAUGUAGUGUUUACUUUUAGUAAAUAUAGAAACUAGAGUAAA